UGUAUAUAAUACAAUGUGGCAGUCGCCCCUUCACAGUUUGAGCUAUUACUCAUAGACAUCUCGUGAUUCAUUUUGUCCACAGACAACCUUCUACACUUCGAAUAAUACACAGAAACGUGAGAAAUAAAGCAAACUUGGAUAGUUUUCACUAAUUUGCCUACUGAAAAGGAAAAUCCAGACGUACAAUUUGAUCGAAAAUGUUUUGCGUACUCAGUGUAACUUUGCUGCUGCUGAGCGGAGUUCAGAGCCAAGACGCACCGGGGCAAAAUGCCCAGGAGCCCCAUGUCUCGGGCAAAGAACCCGUGGUCCAACAGAACCUGGCCGAAUGCACGAACUAUCGGCUCACCCUCGGUAGAUACACCAACUAUUUCUACACCUGCUGCGGAGAAUGGAAAGUCGACAACCCAGUGACGGCCGAGGAAAUGGUCGACAAUUGGGACUGCAACCCCAACCAUAUUGUCUACAGUAAAGAGAACGAAACCAGGUUUCAAUGCAACAACGAAGCCGGCCAAGCCGCUGCUCGAGGAAUCUGUAACGCACGAUGGGGUUGGCUGGCCGCGGAAGACUGCUGGGUAUGGCCGACGUGCUUCGCGGGGGCGUGUGCGAAGGAAGCAGGCGAACCGGGAUCAGCCAAUUUAUUUGACGGGUUUUGCGGGGACGGUCGAUGCGACGCGGGCGAGGACACAGCGUCGUGUCCCGGGGACUGCUGCCAGGUGGAGAACCCCGACGAGUGCCUGAUCAAGAACAACACGUGCACCGAGGCCUGCUGCUCCGAGCCGACCUGCUGCGCCAGCGCCACCACCGCCUUCUUCACCAACUUCUGGGUCAUCGUCUUCAGCGUGAUCGGGGGCGUCUUCGUCCUCAUCAACAUCUGCUGUUGCUGCUGUUGCUAUUGUUUCUUCCGGAGGUGCAAGGGGGCCACGCGGAAGGAGCGGCACCCGUCUAAAGUAGACCGACAGGACACGACCAUGACGGUGCUUUCAAUGAACUAGCAGCCCUAAUUUUUCGGUCUAGUAUCCCAACGACGAGCAUGACCGGUAUUUUGUUGGUAAAUAACAUUUUACGCAGGGAAAUACCCCAGCGAAUUAGAUCCGAGCGUCAACGAAAUGUAUUCGGCAAAUUUCGGACAUUAUCGGAAACGGGUAGGACCCUGCCUUCUUUUGGGGGGUCAUGUUUCCUUUUAGCCGUGGCGGCUACCUGACCUAUGAUUAUCCAGAAUAGUCAGAAUCUUUUAGUUUGGAAACCAGACUAGGUGUUAAACUGUAACCAUUUCAGCCAAUUUGCAUGCUGGGAUUGAUACUUACCCAACUGCGGCGUUAACUCAUAUCUUCUAAAAUAAAAUUGUCAAACAAACCACAAGUUUGUGUUUAUGUAGGCCAAAUUAAAUCAUAAUCUUCACAUUUUUAAAUGGACUUCAGUCGAUGUCUUUGGGUUGGUCGCUGGUUACUUCUGUCAAGUCCGAGUCCGAAAAAGAACGAGUUUUGGUCGAGGUUUUAACUUUUAAGCAAGCAGGUCAGGUCAAAGUGAAGUCGAAUUUUCGAGUUGUUUCAGCAGCCGUCGUAAUUGUACAUGUCAUAUGGUUUGAAGAAAAGAAGAAAAUCCGAUGGAUUGAAUUCUUAGGACGUGGAGUAGUUUUGGCGGAAUGAAUACCUCCAAAAGGCCUUUGCUUUCAAAAGAUGUAUUCAUGAUUUUAAUUACUUCACUUUAUACAAUACUUGUAUUUUCUUUCGAACUGUGUCAGUACAGGGUCUGCUGUAAUGUCGUGUCUUUUUUUCUUGUUGAACUUUUAACAGGGCAUUGUUGGUAUUAUUUAACAUUAAUUUAUCUGUCAUUCUGUAAAUUUAUGUGUUAUUUCAUCGCGGGCACUUUUUAUGGAAUUUUUGAGGGUGAUUUUUGAAUGUUUUCAUCAAAUUGAAAGUUUUCCCGCGAUGAAUUGAACGUAUUCUUAUAUUAUACGUCGUAAAUUAUUUAAAAUUCAGUCUGUUAAAUCAAUAUAUAAGCGGGUGAACAUUUAACAGAAAUUGGGACAAAACGCAACAGUGGGUUCCUUCUGUAUGUCAUUUUUCCCCCUGUACAUUCUAUCAAAAAGCCAGUAUAAUGUAACACACAUUAUGGGCGUGGUUUGAAGGGAGCAAGGACGGGUCAAAUGUGAUAGUUGAGUGGCUAACCGGCGCAAACCCCACCCAAACUGACCAAUGUUAAUUAUUAACGUAGUUUUUAAAAAAAUCAUCAUCAAUACUGACAAUCUUGUUUCACUGCUUCAGUCCCUUGGUCUAUUUAUGAGUUAAACGAAACGCCUCAUCACUCCCUUACGAACCUUUGACUUCAUCACCCCCCAGCCACACCCCUUUAGACAAUCCUUAAUCCAUCACUGCGUAGGCUACUUGUUAAUCUGUUUAUGAAUUAUUCAUGUCCAAUUUGGGCGGGGCCAGCGUAGCAAAAUGUACAGUGAUUAUGCAAAAUAGAUAACGCUCCAUACAGUUAGCGGAUCCACCACUGGGUAUGGCUGCUUGUUAAUCUGUUUAUGAAUUAUUCAUGUCCAAUCUGGGCGGGGUCAGCAUAGCAAAAUAAAGAGGGUUUAUGCAAAAUAGAGAAUGUUCCAAGAAUGUUAGCGGCAAAACGGUUUAAUACAAGGCUCCGCCUUUGCCCUCAAACCGCGCCCACAAUCUUACUUUCCUUCAAUGCCUGUUAUAUGUAUUCAAUGAGUUGUUAUGAUGACAAGAUGAUUAUUAAUAGGUUUGGUUCAAUUGUUAAAGGGUAGCAUGAGCAAUUUUGUUUAAGUAACAUAUUGUCAGGUGUUAUUUUUUUUUUAAUAUAUUUUGAAAAAGUUCGCUUUUCGUGUCGUCUUUACAAAUGUGUUUAUUAUUUUACUUGUUUGAAAAACAGUUGUUUUACUUGUUAACUGUAGUUCUUUUUGUUGUUGUUAUUGUUGUUGUUGUUGUUGUUGUAGGGGCUGGGGAAAAGUUACUUUUUUUAGGGGGUGGGGUUAUAUCUCAAACAGCCACUCUAUAAAACGGUAUGAUUGUUUAUUUUUAAUCAGAAGAGGCAUUAUAAUUUUAAGUAAUUUGAAUGAUAAAUUGUUCAAUAACAUGAACAGAAACACAGUAGUAAAUAAAUAAGAUUUUAAAUAAAAUAAAAGACUUUAAACUUUUUUGCUAAUGAAAAAAAGUAAUAGAUAAAAUACUCGCCUUAUUCUCUUUAUAAAAAUUGUUUCGCUUGUGUAAAAAAAAAAGCCUCAGAAUGAUGAUGUAAAUAAUCUAUUUUUUAUUUGCAGAGGUGUAUAUAUCCGUUAUUUUACGAGUAAUGUGAAGGUUUGUUGAAAGAACCGUAUACAAUAGUAAAGAUUGCCGAGCACAAUGUGAAUCGUGGCUCAUUCAACCAGCAUGACACUGCCGUAAAUGACAUUCUUUAAUGUAGUGUAAUUAAAUAAAGCAAUCGAAACGACAGAUGAAGGUUGUGACGUCA